UUUUAUAACUAUUAUAUACACUAAUAUCCAAGUUAAAUUAUUACAGUCAGCAAUUUAUGAACAGUUACAGUUACAUUAAAUUGUUCUAAUGAAGGCAGUGCCACUACCGGGGCAAAUGCUUGAUUGAAUGACUCAUUAACGGCGGGACUUUUCUUAGGGACUUGCCACCACGCACUUGUUGCAGGAAUAGUCCCGCGAGAGGGCUGCCGUGGGUACAUUGACGGAUGACCCUGCUGCUCCCAGUCCCAGCUGUCAGCUGCGCUCGUGCACCGUUUCUGACUUUCCCCACUCUGUCCCCGGUACCAUGGCGUCCAUGGAGGAGGACGGCUCGGUUGAGGAGAAGGAUAACAACAACAAGAAGAGAACGAAAAGUGCAAUCGCUGUCGCAUGGCUUACAUUUUACAACAUCGCCAUGACGGCCGGGUGGCUGGUUUUGGCUAUGGCAAUGAUGCGCUUUUACCUCCAGAAGGCCACACACAAGGGUCUGUACAAAAGUAUAGCAAGGACACUCAAGUUCUUCCAGACAGUUGCGUUAGUUGAGGUGGGGCACUGUGCAAUCGGAAUCGUGAGGACCUCUGUAAUUGUGACCGGGGUUCAAGUGUGUUCACGAAUCUUCAUGGUGUGGUUCAUCACCAACAGCAUCAAACAGAUCCAGAACGAAGAAAGUGUAAUCCUCUUCCUGGUCGUUUGGACGUUGACAGAGAUUACCAGAUAUUCAUUUUAUACAUUCAAUCUGCUCAACCACCUGCCAUACUUCAUCAAAUGGGCCAGAUACAAUAUGUUUAUCAUCAUGUACCCUCUCGGAGUGGCCGGAGAACUCCUGACUAUUUACGCUGCUCUGCCGUUCGUUCGCAAAACCGGAAUGUUGUCCAUGAGGCUCCCCAACAAGUACAACAUCUCCUUCGACUACUACUACUUCCUCAUCAUCGUCAUGCUCUCCUACAUCCCAUUGUUCCCACAGCUCUUUUUCCACAUGCUCCGUCAGAGGAGAAAGGUGCUUCUUGGGGAGAUCAUAGUGGAGAAGGAUGAGUAGAGCCGCCUCACAGUCCAGCACCUGGCGUUCGUUUUGGAAGUUCUCCACACUGCAACGCAAGCGACCGGGAGAGUCAGACAUAACGGGAUUAACCAAGUAAUAAUCGUGGAAACAGGAUUUUGUCAUUCACCGCAAUAACCCAACUGGAUUAAAUACAAGAUAAAUCAUUACCCAACAGGAAUAACCUUCAUCAGAAUCAUCCACAACAGACAUCAGUCAACCAGAAGAAUCAUUACAGAACAGGAGUAGUCAGCGGAAUAGUCAUUAAUAUGGAAAAA